AUGUUGUUGCUGUUCUUCAUAUCGGUGCUAGGACUUUCAUCAUUGGCUGCGGGAGGCGUAACCCAGCCGUUAAGGGUCGAACAACCUGAGGAGGGGACAAGUUUUAAUCCUCAACUAGAAAUUAUGGAGUUACGUAACCAACUUUUGCAACGCCAUCUGGAAUUAACGAAUUCAAUACUUAAAAGAAGGCAUACGAUAUUUGAACAAAAAUUGGAAACACUUUUGAAGGAAUUCGGAAUGUCCGUGUCCGAGACAACCGAUAUCGCCGAUUUGCAUGACUAUGAGCCCAACUCACCUCUGUCAAAUAAUCAGACAUCGACGGCUGAGGAGGUACCUUUCACGGAUAUAUUGGAUGAUGGCGAUUUGUGUGAAUGUGGACCAAACCGAGCUCUGCCAGAUACACAGAAGCCUGCUGCUGAGAAAGUAUAUUUUACGGAUAUAAUGGAUGCUGAUGAGCCGAAGGUAUGCAAAUUGAAUAAUAAUGCGGAUACCAACCUAGUAUGCUGUGCCGAUUCCAAUAGCCUAAAUUGUCGUGAUGGGCUGUGUCGCAUAAAAAACCACAUCUAUGGUCCCAAGUCAUUCUGGGUUCCCUGUGAUGGCGAUUGGACAAUUGUCCAGCGACGCAUCAAUGGGUCCGUCGAUUUUCGGAGGACGUGGUUGGACUACAAGAACGGCUUUGGCGAUUUGAAUGGAGAAUUUUGGCUCGGAUUAGAUAAAAUUCAUUCUCUAACGACUCUUUACGGAGGCGUGGAACUUCAAAUUGAAAUGCAGGAUUUUGACAAUGUCCGGAGAUAUGUCCAUUAUGGGUCGAUUUCUGUUGGCAACGAAACCACAAAAUAUCAAUUAACGGUUUUGGAUUAUAUUGAAUCAAUUGCAGGGGACUCGCUCAAUGUGCAUAGAGACGAGCGUUUUUCAACAGUCGACCAAGACAAUGAUAAGAACAGUGAGGAAAAUUGUGCCUCCUCAUUAAUGGGGGCUUGGUGGUACUAUAACUGCGACUUGAAAACUUACGACAUAAGCAAUUUGAAUGGAUUCUAUUACAAAGAUGGUGUCGUUCCAAAAGACAAGCCUGGCAGUGGAAUUAUGUGGACAACAUUUCGUGGAGCAUUUAAUUCAUUGAAAUUUGUUCAAAUGAAAAUUAGACCAAAGAAGAGAUAA